GAUUUCUGUGUAUGUUUACAGGUGUUGCACAAGAGAAUUUGCAGGAACAUGAAUGCUGCAAAGGAGAUGCAAGACUUUCGACAUAGUUGCAGAAACUUUGAUGAUGAGGAUGACAGUGAUGAUGAACCACAUGAAGGCCGCUUCUAUAACCUGGAAUUUUACCACGGUCGAAUAAAAUCAUCACCUGACGAUGCUUACAUUGAUGAAUUUCACCAGCAGUGGUGGGGUGAAUAUGAGAAGCUGGAAAUAGUUCUGACCUACAUUCAUUGGCUUUUUCCAUUACAAGAAAGAGGAAGAAACUUGAGAGCACAUGAACUCACAAAAAAGGAAAUAAAGUGUUUCCGUGAAGAUAAACAAGCAAAGAGUAAAUUGGUGAAAUCAUAUAAGCUCAUGUUGGAUUUCUACGGUAUACGUUUAGUCAGUGAAUCAACAGGAGAGGUAGAACGGUCUCCUAACUGGAAGGAACGCUUUAGAAACCUGAACAGAUAUUCACACAACAACCUUCGCAUCACACGCAUCCUGAAGUGUUUGGGGACUCUAGGAUUGAAGCACUACCAGGCCCCACUGGUCAAGUUCUUCCUCCAUGAAACGCUUGUGGUGGGACACCUUCAAAGCCUAAAACAAAGUGUACUAGAUUACUUUAUGUUUGCUGUUUUGGACAAGUCAGAGAGACGAGAGCUGGUUAGAUUUGCCUUUAAGCAUUUCAAGCCCCAAGAACAGUUUGUCUGGGGCCCCAAGAAGAUUCUGUCAGGUGAGGUACAUAGAAAAAAUUGAGUCAUGUAAUAAUCAGCAAAGGGACUGGACAGCAGGGACAAAAUAAAUGAAGGAAAAACGUAACUAUAGUGAACUGAACUGACAAAAUAUACUUUAUGCCUUGAAUGCAGUGGAAGCUGCUUUGGGUAAAAGUGUCUGCCAAAUGCAUAAAUGUAAAUGUUAAAACAAUAAAAGCACAGGAAAGUGAGAUGAAACGAUAAUAUUGAUGAUGGUGAUGUUAAUAUGACAACAGCUACAUCACCAAGCAUGUCUUGUGGUGCUCCUGAUGAUAGAGGUUUCAGCAUUUGUUCCUCUACUCUAAAUUGUUAUUAAAGAUGGAUAAAGA